CUUUGUCACAACUUCAUUAAUUAGCGUGAAGUUUCUUUCAAUUGGAUUACAAAGUAAGCUGAAAAAGAGAAUCGAACCAGACGUUUACUUGAGAAAGGAGUAUCUGAGACAAACCAGAUUAUCUUGAUUCCUGUGGGGAAAAAUUGGUAAAGGUUAAGCAGUUGAGCUUUCAUUUCCGGAUUUGUCUGCGGCCAGGGUAAAGGUAGUGAUCGAGUGGUGCAGUAUAGUACUUGUAAUUGCUCCAGACUCCAAAUUUCUCUUCUUUCUCUUGGCAUAUACGCAGCCAAAGCUCUGAAACAUCAAUUAUCUGCUGGGUUUCUACAUUUUUUUUCUGGGUUUUUGUUAUCGGGAUGAAUUGGGUACUUUGAGGAAGAACAUAGUAAGUUGAAUUUCACUGCAAAUGGGUAUUUUGUAAAGGGUUUUAUGCGAUCUGCUCUGCCAAUUUCAAGUUUUGCAAUGGCUUCCUACAAGUAUUGGUGUCUUGUCUUACUUUUUCUUUCACAGAUUUCCUUCUCUUUAUCUGGGAAAGCCAACUCAAUCAAUUCGGUUCCUGAUCUGGAGAGGUCAAUGUAUAAAUUAAUUGAUGGCCAUCCUUGUGUGAGACUUCUGAAUCUUUCUGGGGAGAUUGGAUGUGCUAAUCCUGGACGCGAAAACGUAGUUGCUCCUAUUGUAAAGUAUCAUGAUUCUGGCAUAAUAAAUCAGUUGUCUACUGUUUUACUCCCUUUGGAUGAAGUUCAGAACUUCUUCAAUCGAGUUUCAACAGAUCCUGAUUUUGGAAAAAAUGUUGCUGGUGUCUUAAUUGAGGCAGAAGCUAUUAAAGAUAAGUUAAAAGGAUUUUCUCCAGAUGAAAAGUUUCCUCUAUCCAAAUUUUCUCCCUACAAAAAUGUCACUUAUGAAUGGAAUUCUCAAGGAUCAGGCAUCAUGUGGCACCGCUACAAUUUCCCUGUAUUUUUGCUGUCAGAGAACAAUACAUCAGUCUUGAAAGAGGUUGCUGCCAAGAACGAAAAGAAUAAUAGGCCAUACAGUCAUGAUGUUGCUGAAUUUGAACUUGUUAUGCAGACAACAAAAUCUGACACUCGUGAUUCAGAAUCUUGUCUGAAAGCAAGAACCUGUCUUCCCCUAGGUGGAUAUAGUGUUUGGUCUUCUCUUCCUCCCAUCGUUGAAUCGUCCUCGGAUGUUGCAAAGCCUAUUAUAUUAGCAAUGGCAUCUAUGGACACUGCUUCAAUUUUCCGUGACAAAAGCGUUGGUGCAGAUUCCCCAUUAUCCGGAUUGGUUACUCUGUUGGCCGCUGCUGAUGCUCUUUCUCGUUCAGAUUAUUUGAAGAACUUUAAGAAGCAGCUUGUUUUCCUGAUUCUUACCGGAGAAGCCUGGGGUUUCCUUGGUAGCCGAAGAUUCUUACAUGAGCUUGAACUGCAUUCAGAUUACGUUGCAGGGCUCAAUAGCGCAUUAGUUGAAAUGGUUCUGGAAGUUGGGUCCAUUGGAAAAGGGUUCGAUGGUGCUGUGAAGAGUUUUUUUGUUCAUCCAUCCAGUGAAUCAAAGGCGGUAAAUGCGACAUUUGAUGCUUUGCAAAGUGCCCAAGUUUCACUAAAAUUCGAUGACAUCAAAAUUUCAGCAGCUAGCAUUUCAAAUCCCGGAGUCCCUCCGUCUUCAUUAAUGUCCUUUUUGAAUAAGAACCCUCAAACAUCCGGCGUUGUCUUAGAAGAUUUUGACACCAAGUUCGCAAAUGAGUUUUAUCAUAGCCACCUUGACGAUAUCUCAAACAUCAACUCCACGUCCAUAGUAGCUGCAGCGUCCCUAAUUGCCCGUUCUCUGUACAUACUUGCCACUGACAUGAAGAACUCAGAUACAUCGGACCUGGAUGUUAUCCAUGCCAAUGCCUCUUUGAUUGAAGAACUUUUGAAUUGUCUUGUGAAAUGUGAUCCUGGUUUGUCUUGUGGGCUGGUCAAGAAUUAUAUAUCGCCUACAACUACCUGCCCUAGCAGUUAUGUUGGAGUUAUUGUUGAUGAUCCUUCAUCUCCACCCUAUCGUGGGUAUUCAAGCGAUAUAUCGAGAUUUAUUUGGAACUUUUUAGCUGAGAAGACGGCCACAAAGAUGGACAGUUCUGGUUCGGAUUGUCAACAAGGUUGUAGCGAUAAAAGUGAUUUGUGCAUCAAAGCAGAGACUGAACUGAAAGGUGUCUGUGUCAGAUCCACUACCAGGUAUGUGCCUGCGUAUUCAACCCGUCUCGAGUAUGACUCUGGAUCCGAAUCCUGGAAGGUGCUGCCUCCAAAUUCAUCAGAUCCGAUGGGCGUAGCAGACCCUGUUUGGACUGAAAGCAAUUGGGAUUCCAUUGGCCUAAGAGUAUAUACACAUCACGAUGUAGCUUAUGACCGUCUUAUCCUGUUCGCAGGUUUAGGUAUAACCGGCUUCUCUUAUCUUGCCAUUGAAAUUACCAAGUCGAUUAUGACUAAAUCUUUGAAGAGGGAUUAGGUUAUGGGGCUCAUUUUUUUCUCAUAUAAACUAAUUUGUUGUGACACUAAAACAUAUAUAUGAAUUAAGGUUAGGACUUGGAUUCCUCAUUUUAGCUGCUUAGAUUGUGACAUGCCGUUCUGAAAACUAGGGUAUUUGGUGGAUUCAAGUGUUACUUUUUUAGAUUUUAAAAAAUUGAUAUUCAAAUGUAUGAUUUGGUAUUGA